CCUAGUUCAAGCCCAAACUUGAAAGCCCAAACAUUUGGGCCCAUUUAAGUUAAGAAGAUAACGGUCGAAGCGUAAAUUGUGAUGAUAAUAAGCCCUUAUUCUCCAUAUGAAUCAUUAAUCAUUAUGAUAGAUUUUUCCAUUGCGAAAACGAGACGCCCCUUUUCAUUUUAACAUCGUCAAACAGGAGGGAAAGAAAAAAAAAAAAAAAUCGCCCAGCACAGAAGCCGAUGUCUACAUUUGUUGACUCGUUCGACGACUCAGAAGUCACUGAGGUCGACUCGCCUGUCCACUUCGGCAGCAGCAACAGCCACGGCGGCGAUGGUGGUGAUUACGUAGGUUACAAUUCUGAACAGUUCGACUCCUUCGCGCCUAACGAUGACGCUUACGCCUCGGAGCCUGCUCCGAUCUACGGCGAGGGCGGAGAGUUCGAGACGGCGGAGGAGAACGGGAGCGGCGGUUUCGAUGGAGAUUUUGGUGGAUCCAAUGGUCCUGUUCUGCCGGCUCCAUCGGAAAUGGCGGAGGUCGGACUCGCUCUCAGAGAGUGGACAAGGGAGAACACGUUGAGAUUGGAGGAGAAAGAGAAGAAGGAAAGGGAGCUGCUUAGCAAAAUAAUAGAGGAGGCAGAGGAUUUCAAGGUAGAGUUCCAUAAGAAGAGGGAGGUUACUUGUGAGAGCAAUAAAGCAAUCAACAGGGAAAGGGAGAAGCUAUUCGUGACCAAGCAAGAGAAGUUUCAUGUUGAGGCAGACAAGGAAUACUGGAAGUCGAUAGCAGAUCUCAUCCCCAACGAAGUGCCCGCUCUCGAGAAGAAGAAAGCAAAGAAGGAUCAGGAGAAGAAGCCUUCGAUCAUGGUGGUCCAAGGUCCCAAACCAGGGAAACCAACUGAACUCUCUAGGCUCCGCCACAUACUCCUUCAACUGAAACACAACACACCACCUCACCUGAAGCUCACUCCCCCACCACCCGCAAAGGAACCUAAAGCUAGCGAUUCAGCAGCAGCCUCUACUUCUACAGCUACCGCAGCAGAAGCCCCAAAAGCCCCUGAGCCGGUGGCCGUUGCUUGAUCACUUUGGAAUUUGAGAGUUUACUAGUCGAAGUUUACUUUUCCCCGCAGAGCAUUAAGAGCAUAGCAUGAGAAUCAUUUUGGAAUGUGAGAGUUUCACUAGAUCUUAGAAUGACAGUCCCCGAAUAUGCAAAUCUGAUUACAUUUAGGCGGGAAAAGGCGUUGUGUCCUCGAGUCCAAGUCUGUGUUCUGGUCUUCAUUGAUGGAUGAUGAUGGUUCACAAAGUCAUUCAUUGAUCAGCUUAUGUGUGGUCCCAUAUGUCUGGAAAGCUUUGUCUAGGGAACAUGGAAUCUGGAUACGAUGAGUAGAGCCAAGAACUUGGGGAAUCAAGCAAGCUCUUACAAUUUAGCGAUGCAGCAGAGAAGAAAGAGGGCUCUAGCAUGGCCAUGUGAGUCUGUGGUCCAGAUUCCCAUGACUGUGCCAUCCCUUAUCGUGAUUUUGGAACUGUUACCUCUGUUUUUUCUGCACCAUGUUGGACCAUAACCGUGAAUAGCCCCUUCUCCUUUGUUGUUUCUCAUGAAACCUGAUUCCUGCUUCAGUCCCUUUCCAGCUUUCUCCAUUGAUGAAAGCCGCAACUGCCACUCAGGAGUUAUGAAGCUGGAUUGCUUUAAUUAAAUGAAGUUUCCAAUCUUUGGUUCUAGACCACCGGCCAAUUGAUGAAGCAACAUCGACCCAAGCCGUAGUCCUUACGGCUGCCGGAUACUUCACUGUCGCUACUAUUCUGGAUUUCCUUCAGAGGAGGGAAUCGAAAAUGUUUUCCUAGAAAUCAAUGGUAGAACCUGAUAUGGUAACUUGGUACAUUACACCAGCACACUUGGAAGAGAAGAGGAACAACUAAAAAAGCCCUACAAUGUUUUGGUUCAACACAAAUACACCGUGAGGAAAACUUUGGAUUGCCAAAUCGAAGCAUUCAACCUAAUCUACUUUACAUCAAAUACAGAGUCUAAGACUCC